AUGCUCCACCAAGCAAAGCCAUCCAGCACAAGGCCUUCCGAUGGCAAACUGAUAUUCGCCCCUGGUCACCCUCCUCCAGAUCUUUCCCAGGAGGUGCAACACGACGAGCCGCCACGGGCCGCACAGUUCAGGCAAUCCAAGCUCCGCCGCGCAGACCUUUCACCUGACCCUUUCAUCCAAUUCCAUUCCUGGUUCACCGACCCCAGGCUCCAAACUGCCGUGCCCGAAACCGUGAACUUAUCCACGGCCUCGCUGCCGAGCGGUCGCGUGUCCAGCCGCACUGUUUAUCUCAAGGAACUCGACGCGCGCGGUUUCGUCAUAUACUCGAACUUCGGCACGUCACGCAAGUCCAAAGACAUCGCCACAAACAAGUACGCGAGUCUCUGCUUCUGGUGGAAGCCCGUGGAGAGGCAGGUCAGAGUCGAGGGCGUGGUGGAGAGGCUCAGUGCCGAGGAGAGUCAGCUUUAUUUCGACACGAGAGCCCGAGGGUCGAGGAUCGGAGCGUGGGCUAGCCAGCAAACAAGUGUUUUGGAGCCUCGGUCGUCGACAACAACAGCUGCUGCCACACGGCAGCAGAACCUGGACGGUGAUGCUAGGACUGGAGGUGGCCAAGAAGGUGUGGCAGGGGAGGAGGAGGAAGAAGACGACGGCCGAGCUGCCCUUGAAGCCCGUGUCAAGGAAAUCGAGACCCGGUUCGAAGGUCAAGAACACAUCCCGGUGCCACCGUUCUGGGGUGGGCUGAGGAUCAUUCCUGAGACGAUCGAGUUCUGGCAAGGGCGGGAAAGUAGACUCCACGACCGUUUCCUGUACACACGGAUAGAAGGAGAUCUUGGACAGGGCGGCGAGGCAAAGUGGAAGAUUGAGAGACUGAGCCCAUAA